UCAGUCUCCGUUAACUCCGCCGGUCCGCAGCACGCUGCACACACACGCGACACACUUCGGAUUUAUCGCGCCUCCACACGACAGAACAGGACAGGGCAGGACAGCGCAAGGCUCCCUGGUCAGGAGACCCCACGGUGGACCCUCGUGUCAUCUCCAGGAAUACCUCGGUUUAUUCGGGCAGAAGUGGUCAUGCCAUUUGGCUGUUUAACACUCGGGGAAAAAAAGGAUUACAACAAUCCCUCUGAGGUGACUGACAAAUAUGACCUGGGACAAACUGUCAAGUCGGAGGAGUUCUGUGAGAUUUUCCGGGCCAAGGACAAGAACACACAGAAAAUGUAUACUUGUAAAAAAUUUCUUAAGAAGGAUGGAAGAAAAGUACGGAAGGCUGCCAAGAAUGAGAUUCUUAUUUUAAAGAUGGUGAAGCACCCAAACAUUCUCCAGCUGGUUGAUGUCUUUGAGACCAGGAAAGAGUAUUAUCUCUUCCUUGAACUGGCCACAGGCAGAGAGGUGUUUGACUGGAUCCUGGAUCAAGGCUAUUAUUCAGAGCGUGACACCAGCAAUGUCAUUCGACAGGUGAUGGAAGCUGUGGCCUACCUGCACUCCUUGCACAUUGUGCACAGGAACCUCAAGCUGGAGAACUUGGUGUACUACAAUCGUCUCAAACACUCCAAAAUUGUAAUAAGUGAUUUCCACUUGGCCAAGCUGGAGAAUGGACUCAUCAAAGAACCCUGUGGGACCCCUGAGUACCUUGCUCCAGAAGUGGUUGGGAGACAGAGGUAUGGAAGACCAGUCGACUGCUGGGCUAUAGGAGUCAUCAUGUACAUUCUUCUUUCAGGAAACCCCCCCUUCUAUGAUGAAACAGAAGAUGAUGACUACGAGAAUCAUGAUAAGAACCUCUUCCGGAAGAUUUUAUCAGGAGAUUAUGAAUUUGACUCUCCAUACUGGGAUGACAUUUCAGAUUCAGCAAAAGGACUGGUGGCUGGUCUUAUGGAAGUGGACCAGGACCAGAGACUUACUGCACAGGAAGCCAUCAAUCAUGAGUGGAUAUCUGGAAAUGCUGCUUCAGACAAGAAUAUUAAGGAUGGUGUUUGUGCGCAGAUCGAAAAGAAUUUUGCCAAAGCCAAGUGGAAGAAAGCGGUGCGCGUCACAACCCUCAUGAAGAGGCUAAGGGCGCCAGAACAAGGUGGCGUGUCAGCAGCUGGCUCGGCAGCAGGCACCCCAACCAGCGCAGGGACCCCAGGCAGUACCCUCACUUCUGCGACCCCUGGCAGCACCCCUGGCAGCACUCCUGGCAGCACAGAGCCCACCAGUACCAGUGAAGACAAGGAGGCCUUGGUCUCCAGCACAGGGGCAACAAGGAGCCCUGACUCUACCCAACCUAAUCCUGCCCCCAAGAUGGAGGACUCCACACCCAGGUGCAACGGUGAGGCACCAGCACCUAUCCAGAGUGCCACAGAGGCCCGAGAUGAGCAGAACGGUUAAGCAUAUCCUCCUCAUUCCCCUACCUCCUUGUAUAUUAGCUGGUGGCAUGAUGACCCGUGUCUGCUUACCUUCCCACUCGCGGUAUCAGUAUAGUAUCUUUAAAAACCCGUGUUUUCUCAUGAGUUACAGAGUGGUCUGUGUUCGGUCUCUCCCGAGAGUUCUAGUGUACUGCUUUUUUAACAUUGUCUCUUUAUAGCUGUCUGUUUCAGCCUCACUGAUGCCUUUCUAUUUGGAGGAACAGAACAGAAUGCAGCAAACGCUUAAAGCAUCUUUGUUUUCACCAUGACAAGGUCUAGUUAGCGUGUCUCUUCUCUAAUUUACCACACGGUCUUGUGAUCUAAAAAGAAAAAAAAAAUCAUCUUUUCUUAUCAACCUGUGGGAAUUUCCUCUGAAAUUUCAUGUAGUAUUAAGAGAGAAAUGCUUGUGUUGUUUUCAUGCUUCUUUUGAAGUUACUGUUUUUUUCCCCAGCAGAUCUAUAAUGUUGUUUUAACAUGUGUAAUUGUCAAUUCUGUAUAACUUGUUCAUGAUAUAAUAAUGUAAAUAAAACUCAUACAGCUGCUUAAGAAGCAUAGCCAGUCAGAGCUUAUAAUUAUUCAUCAGAGUUGUCGAACAUAUUCUAAAAAAAAUACAUCAAGCAGUCCAUCCCUUUAAUAAAAAAGGGGAGGAGAGUCGGGCUUUUCUGGCCUCUUCAGCAAGAAUAAGUUCAAUAUUACAGUAUAUCUUUGUAAAUAGCAGCGUGUGUAGAAGUAGAUAAACAGCAUGCUCCCAAAUGCUCUGUCAAUUUAACAAUUUCUGCAAGCACCAUAGUGGGAAACCACAACAUGCAAGUAUUGCUGUCAGGUUUUAUAGCUGUUCAGGGUGAGGAAUUGUCCUUUGAGCUAUUGAUAUUAUACUGUAUUUACAGGGCCAGACAUCUAUAUUUGGAAGAUCGUUGCUUAAGGUUCUACAGCUCUUUUGAAAUAUUUUAAACAUGCUUAAAUGAAAAUGAAUACACUAAAACACUUAAUAGAUGAGAAGUUCUAGCUUGCCAGUAGGCUGUACUGAUUCACAGAGUUUCUAAUACUAUAUUAAUUUGGCAUGUACACUAAGUAUUGCUUCACUUUCCAAGUUCUGAAGAUAAAGGAUCAAAUAAACCUAUAACAUCUACAGUUUAUUUCACAUGUAUAAAGUGUCCUUGAUAAUUUUUUGUCUUGCUUGUGGCCCCACAUUAAACAAAUGUUAUCUUUUAAUGUCACAAAAUGUAAUUUUAAAAUAUUUCUGUGAUGCUCCUGCUCUGUUGUAGGAAUGUUUACAGUUCUAUUGUAUAAAUCUUCAGUAGACUAUUCUUAUUCAUAAGAUGACUCUCUUUCUCUGUGUAACUGUGUGCGCUUUCAGCUUAGUUAUGCUCUGUAUCUCUCCUUUUAUCACUUCUAUCACUGAACCCACUUCACUUGGCUUUCUUCUCAAAUAGGCAACUGAUUAAUUCAGAAAAAAAAAAGUUUUACUGUACUUUCUUGCUCCCACUUAAAAGAAAAUUCUUUAGUUCUACUUCUGAGCACCAAAAAAACGUUUCUCUGAAAACCAGUAUUAUAAGCUAACAUUUCUUUGUGAAUAAGUAAAUAGUAUCCUUAUAUGUAACUAAACAGUUUAAAAUCUGAUUCACGAUUAUGUAUGUCUAUAUGCAACAUAUAUUGAACUAUGUUAAUUUAAGCAGUUAUUUGCUUUUUACAUUUUGUUACCAAUCCCUUUCUAAUAAACUAAAAAUGAGAAGAAUUAACAGUUCCAAAGUGUACUGAUGCGAUAUUAAAGGAGCAAUAUUUUUGUUGCUACAAAACUGUGAUUCAGCAUUUUUUGUAAUCCUUAGAGUAUGAACAGAAGUGAAAUCCAAACUGCUUAUUUUGUUUAUUUAUUGCUCAGCUAUACCCCGAAGCUCUUAUUCUGAGAUAUUUACAUAGACUAUGAUAUCUUACAUUUUAAUUUAUGCAGCCAAGUACAGUGUGACCUGAAGCAGCACAUAAUACAGUUAAUACUGUACCGAGUGUAAAACAGCUCUGGUCCUGCUAGGAUAUUAACCAGGUAUUUCCAAGUCAGCUUUUCAGCAAAUGUAUCAUGUAUUGUAAUUUUACAGUACUCCCUCCAUACACAAGGACUGUAAUGUGAGCAUCUCACAUUCGGAAUACAUGCUAAGCCUUUAAUUUUCGUUGCGCGUGCAUUUCUCACGCUGCUGAAACUGUCUGCUACAUGUUACUUAUCAAGUUUCUAAUAUAUUAGCAUACAGCAUUAUUUUAUAUCUUGAGAUCCAUAAUGUACAUGCUUUGUAUAUGUGCAGUCUUAAAGAGCCCUACUUUACCUUUGUUUUCUUUUCCUUAUUUUUUAUUUACAUAUAAGAUGCAUUUUUCCACAUUUAGUGUGGAGUUUACUGGACAACAGUGAGAUUUUCUAUCAAAUGAACAAACAGUAUUUUUACUUGUCAUGUUAAUGUUGGUUUAUAUUUCAUCUAAUGCCACAAGUCUUUCUUAUCUGACCCACACUAGUGACAAUAUAUGCAUUUUGAUUAUGAUUUGCGAACAAUGACUUAUCUCUGUAAAUUCUUAACAGAAAUAAUGUAAUGUAUUACAAAUAAAGUUACAGCACUAGAAAAUAUUUGCAUUCAGCCCCUCUAGAUUUGAAUUAAAAUUUAAAUAUGACUUGGAAAAAACCACAUUGUGUUCUAAACUUUGGUCACUGACAAAACACCAGAUACUGUAUAUCAGAGUACAGAGUUAUAGCAACAAACAUAUGUGCUUUACAGCUUUACAAAGCAAUGCCUUUUGCGUACGCAGCACUCUGUGGUACGAAUAAUGAAAUGUCUUAAUUUCAUUCUGCAGUUACUGAUGUAUUUAAAAUUGUAUUUGUCUUUGAGAAGCCAUUUGGUCCUGUCACUUGAUGUAAUUCUUGUAUUCCUUGAUUGAAAUUUGAUGUUAAUAAAAGUUUGU